GCGAAACAACAGAGUUUUACUCUCUUGAGCUUCAUGGAGUUGCUGCAAGGUUUCUAUAAUCAUUUACAUUUUUCAGGUAUAAAGGCUUCAAAGCUGUCAAAGGAUAUGCCAUUACAGAAGGCUGACGUCGGCUGCCCAAUCUGUAGUGCAAAUAUUUUAUUUACAUACAAGGAUGUACUUUUUCUAUCUCAGUUUCUGUCUCCAGAAGGAAAUUUACUAAGUAGAAGAGUUACAGGUGUCUGUGGAAAACAGCAAAUCAAACUUGAAAAGGCUAUUAAAAUAUCUAGAAGACUGGGUCUUCUUCCAAAGUGUGGUCCAGUUACCCAAGAACCAAUCAAUGGCUAAAACCCAGGAAACUUGAAUUCUUCUUAAGAGUGCUAUUUACUUUUUCUUUGUUUCUUUGGCAUCUGAGCUUUUGGCUUCCAUUAAUCAAAAUAUCCAGAACUUGGACUGUUGUAAUUUAAGAUGACAAGCCUGGAGUCCUCUAUCCAUUAACCAAAAAAAUGCUACAUGAUUGUACUACAUAGAGUGCAUAUUGACGCAAAGAGGUGGGGGUUUGGAUGAGGGAGGCUGUGAUGAGGGAGGAUAGGGUAGGGGGUUGAGUCACCUCUUUUAGUUUGUAUGCACCUUCUCAUGCAUUUUUUUUUUUUUUUUUUAAAGAGAGCAAAAUAACAUCAAAAAAUGCUACAUAAUAACAUCAGAUACUUCGAUCUGAUAUCUUCACCAUUUUAUUGCUAUAAUUUACUUUUCAUUCAAAGCAUAACAAGACUUAUACAUACGUACAGAAGUGUUGAAGAAAGUAUUAUAAUCACAAUCUUGAUGUUAAAAUAAAUUAACCACAUUUUUGCUAA